GUAGUACAGAAUACUAAAAGCGAUGUCCUCGGUCCAAGGAAAUCAGUUUAUUGUCGAAUUUCUACAUGAUAAGUUCGAUUCCAUCUUCCUUUUCGGCUAGAAGGCUAUGCGCUAGGCUCCCUGAUAUAUAUACCAUACAGAGCAGCAGACAAGGAGACGUCCCAUCCUACCCAAUUAGUCGGACUAUUUUCCGCCCAAGAUUGCUUUGGGGGAAUCCCUUAACCCAGUUACGAGUAGAGCUAGUGGAGUAUUCUAUUGUUCUGUGCCGGCCGGGUCAAUAAAUUGACGAUUUCACGUGUCUGCACGUCCUUGAUACUUUUUUUUUGCUUUUCGCGGCAAGUGAAAGUGGAAAGUAGUGAAAGCAAAGCGUGAAUAUUGUGGCUUUUCCGGAAUUGUUUGUGGUGCGGACGAUGAAAGGGAUCCUAUCCAUUUCCUAGACGUGAUAAUGUGAUAGUUUUUUAUGUUCGGUGAGGGCGUGAAAUGGUGUUGUUUUGAUACGACACCCCUGAGUGUCCAGCGUAAUAGAGCUAAACGAAUUUCCGUGCUCUUGCAAGUAUAAAGGAGUAGCGGAGUACCAACUGACGGAGCUGCGGAUAUGGCUAUCCUACAUUCAUGCUGUUUUUGGAAAUCCGUGCGAAAGGGGAGCUAUGCUAGUGCUGUGUACGCUAUGAUCUACUUCGGCAGUACGGGAGCCAUCGUCUCGAUUUUUCUACAUGGAGAACAAAAGUACUUGUCAGGUGAAGUGGGUCAACCGAGUGGCGAAAGUUUUCUGGAAAAGGACGCAAUUUCUUCAACUACUGUGAUAUUUAACAUUUUACUAUUAGUGUGCUGUAUGUGCGGUGUAAUAACGUCCCUUUUUGUAAUUAUAGGUUUAAGAUGCGACCAAAGAGAACUCCUGAUUCCAUGGAUUGCUGUUAUGACAGCCGACCUACUCGUGGAAUGGUCUCAUUUUGUAUACUUAGUAAUAUUAGAAACACUGGACUUCGAACCACUUACCGCAACCCUUUUCACUAUCGACUUUUUUAUUAUGUGUCUUAAUGUAUACUGUCUAUUAUGCGUGAUAUCACAAUAUCAGGAGUACAGAGCCGGUCGUGGAUUCGCACGCCAGCCGAAAAGUGGUGCUCGUUACAUACCACCCCCUGCCUCCACAACGACCUGCCUGAAUACGUUUCGUCAGAGUAAAACAGUAACGAGUCCGCUGGUGUGUCCCCAGACGAAUUUCACAAUAAUUCCGGAGGAAACACAAAUGAAUGGAAACCUAACAGGUGCGACGAACAAGAGCUCAAACCCCCCGCCCGCGUACAUACAGCAGAGUGUCAACAGUCUGAAGAAAAAACGUGUCCAAUUUCCUGACGACCAUAGUCCUGAAAGUUUGAGUACAGAUUCGACCAAAAAAGUUCUACUAGACCCGAACAAAAAUGGCCAACCUAUGAUUGAUACGCCUCCAGAAUACAAGGAAAACCUAAAAUCCUGGCAAGAAUGAAAAAUGGCAACAAAAUAAUCAUGAUAUGUCCUUCGAUAUGUCAACAACGAAAAGCAGAGAAAAAAAAUGUUGUCUGGAAAGAUUUAUACAAGUGAAAGCGUCUAAUAUGCUUUUAAGGCUCCCCAAUUUCGACUGGGGGCCAUCAAACAGUAGGCAAAUAAAAAAGGACGACCAAGUGAAUAGAACAAAUGCCUACUAAAUAUAUGAGCUACUAAAGAACUCUAUGAAUUUAUGGAGAUUUAAACGACAUAUACACAAUGAAUGGAACGUGAUUUUACGGAGGGUGCGAAAAUUCCGAAUUUCCUUCCACUUUUUUUCUACGUAAAAUGAAACAGAAGAUUUUUUCUAUGAAAUCUAGAUGUCAAAAUGAUUUAUCAACGACACCCAGGACGAUGAUAUAGCGAUGAUUUCGUUAUUUUUUUAUUCAUUCUGAUUUGAAUGAGAUUGUAAAAUAUACAUAUGUUUGUGAAAGUGUAUGUGAAUUUAAAAUUGUGGAAAUAUAUUCAUAUUCGUUU